ACUGGUGGUGAUCCCACGCAAAUGACGCCUUUGGCGCUUUUGCAACUAGACAUAGUUAAAGAUGUCAUUGUGGGUGACGACCGCCAUUUACUGCACUUAGGGGCAGUGAAAAAUUUUUGGGAGACCUUCACGCACUCAACUUGCAUGAGCGAGGAAGAUUACGACAAACUCCAAAGCCUAAUGUGCAAGGUCCACCUUCCGCAUGAGCGGAAAGGCGGACAGUUUGGCAGGAUCAUUGGACUCUGGACCCCUACAAUGUGGGGGUACUUCUGUGAUGUGGUGGGCUUCGUGGUUUUAAAGCAGGCGCUAUCCCAACAAUUUUUUGAAGUCUAUUGCAUGUUGCAUUGGGCGGUUGCAAUUUGCAACCUCACUUGCAAUAGACGUUUGUUGGAAUAUGCGAGAACUUUAUUUAAAAUGUAUGUUGCAGACUACUACAGAAUAGUCGGGUUUGUACCACACAACGUCCACUCACUCCUCCAUGUAGUGGACGAAGUAAUAGAAUUUGGGCCGUUGCCGGACCAAUCGACCACCCCUUUUGAGGACGAGCUAAUCGGCCUCAAACGUAAAAUAAACACGAUCGACCCAAAAGAGGUGGUCAAAGUCACAGCAACGACCCUGUUGCUUCGGGAGGCAGCGCGUCGUCACCUAAACCCUUCCCACGAACCAAUUACGAAACAAGGACGUAAGGUUCAAAUAAGGAAGAAGUUCGUGCUGAGAAGUGAGACCGUCUCAGCAACCGAUGCCAAUGCCUGGUUUUUAGCGAAGUUUAAAGAUGGUAAUGGUAAAGAAGAUGUAGAAGUUGUGAAAUUUGAAAAGGCAUCGGGAAAGGACAUUUGGUCUCUCGUCGUCUUAGGACGACCUUUGGCAACGGCAGCGACGAAGGCGUUCAUCCAUCCAAUUCGGAUCGCAGUGCCUGCUGCUUUGAACGUCUUCCAGACAGAGGACAAACAAGCAUUGAAAAAUUUACAAACCUAUAGUUAUAGCGAUAUAGUUUGCAAACUGUGUGUAGUAGACCUGCCCGUCUACACAGAGUUUGUGCCUCUGGUUGAAUCUUUCGCAGAGUUAUUGUAACUCCCAGAGGCCGAAGAAUGAUUCAACCAGAGUGCAAAAAGUGCUCGUUUGUUCCUUUGUCUCGUUGCCCGAGCCGUGCCGUUUUUUUAAUUCACCGUUGCUGUGGUGUGGUGGUUGUUGGUGUGAUGGGUGGCUUCCAUGUUCCGGAGACGUCGAGAAACAACAACGUCGAGCAAGCAACAUGUGCCCGAACCACUUAUCGCGGGGCUCACCUCUCACCUACAGUUGAACUGUUGCAAGAUCAUGAGGUACAAAUGAUGCAGGUAAUAGCGGAUCUGUUUUCAGCUGGUAUGGAAACCAUUAAGACGCAUUUCUUCCAUUUGUUCGGAUGUUGGAUCCAUCCAAACCACGGUAGCACCGAGCAAGAGAUUCGUCGGAUCAAAGCGAAGGUUCAAGGGCUCGUUUUGGACGAAACGAUCGGACGGAAGGACACCUUCACGCCCGAUGGCCCCGAUACGGCCUGCCGAGUCCACGAUGGGUAUCUACCGGGCGGUGAAGAAGUGUCAACCAACUCUCGUCCGACGGUUGCUGUACGCGGCCCCCGAGCUCGUUAACGUCCCGGUACACGGUGAAACCUUCC